CGAGGGGAAAAGAGAGAGGACGAGGGAGAGGGAGAGACGCAGAUAAUGCUCGCUCUCCCUUGACUCCACGGUCCACUGUAGUUUCAGUCUCACCGUGUACGUUGCGUAGGGUACAGGUCCUGAUACACGACGGCUUUUCGUCGUCGCCGCCGCCGCCGCCGUCACCGUCGUCCAAGUCUCGUUUCCGCAUCUCUCAGUCCACUGGCGAAGAUACCUCUCACCCUUUUCCCUGCGGUCAUCUUGGUGAACUCACGGUGCGGUCGUCGAGGAACGCGGCUCCCGCGUAAAAACACCGUCGCUUCGUACGGGAUCGCGCGUGAUCUGCGGACGAGGUGUUCAAGUUGUUCGAGACGUUUGCGAGGUUUCGUGUGACCCGCUCUGGAAUUAGCGGAGGAAGUCUUUUUUUUCUUUUUUCAAAAAAGGAUAGGAGAUAAAUACAGUUGUUGCAGACGUCGAAUGACUUGCAGCAACGAAGACUGACUGCAACUUGGUAUUGACACGAGUGCGAAGUCGGUUCGACCAACCGGUUGAUUCGCGAGUGCCCGGGAUAGAUCUGUGAAGGCGAGGGAGAGCUCGCGCAUCAGAGUCCCGCGUCUGGUGGAGACUUCGAUGCCUGCGUUUGGAAAAUCUCCGCACGAGUGAUGCGCUCGGCCGGGUGCGAUACUCGAUCGGCGGAUACCGACCGUUACGCGAUUUCCGCGAUCGCCGAGCGAUCACCGCUGCGAUUUCUUCGCGUGCAUUCCACGAACUUUCCCGUCGCGAAGGACCGCCGCCGCGCAGAAGGGAAACGCGAAGACUCACGGCCACUCGAAGAUAUCGCGCUGAAAUCACAACGAGCGUGAUCUCACGGCGGAUGUUUACGAGGGGAGACUCCUCGGUUCAUAUUCUCUCGACAGAAAAAGAUAGGGUUCAAGAUAAAGACGAAUUUUCGUGAUAAAUUGAGAAACGACAGUUUGUGUGUCAACAACUCGGACUUUAGGCAAAUCUGUGUGUGUGUGUGUGUGUGUGUGCACGUGGAAGUGUGUGUGUCUAUGUGGAAGAGGGUGUUUUCCGUGGAAUGCGAUAACUUAUCAGCGUGUGGAGGAGAAUGAUAUCGAUGUCUCGGGAUAGUUGUCCGCGACGUGAGAAGUGGAUUUUGAAAAGAGAGGAAUCGCAACUAAUAGGCAUUGGCCAGGCGCAACCCGACGACGAUGAUGAACGAGUCGCGCCGCUGAGCUUCCAUGAGCCGGCGUGGAGCUAAGAUUGGGACUAACCAUGUCCACUAAGAGGCAUCGCGGGCGAAAAUCAAGUGUAGAUCAUAAAGUAACAUAUGAAGGCCAUAAUAGAUAGGAUGAGCGCAUCUCGGCAAAACGAAGCACGCUGCUUCAAUGAGAACUCUCCCAGGCCACCAGUGCCAGGAGAGGAAACCGGGAGCUAUGUCAGCAGGAUCCGUCCACAGAGUCCCGCUCUGACACCUAGACGUUCUUCUUUCGCACCACUAACGGUUUCUGGUGGUUGCGAUGCUGCUGCACCAUUGGGAUUCGAGCCGGAGGGUUGUUGCGGAACCACUACCAUGGAGAGCGAUUCUCCUCCGCCUUUUACACGAUGGGCAAAAAAUCUGCACUCCCUGCUAGAGGAUCCGGUAGGUCUGGAUCUGUUCAAGAGGUACCUGAGUCAGGAGGAGGAGGGGCGAGGACUGGACCCGCUCAAUUUCUGGUUCGCCUGCGAGGGCCUCAAGGAGCAGAAGGACAUGGAGAAGAUAUCCCAACUGGUCAAGCUCAUCCACCGGAGGUUUUUUCUCAAGUCUCAAUUAACCAUACCGGAGGAUGUGAUGAAGGAAGCAGAUCGGCGGGUUAAGGAAGGACGCACCGAUCAGAAGGUGUUCGACACCGUGCAGCUGGAAGUGGAGCAGCUGAUCACCAACACGUCGUAUCCCAACUUCUUGCAGUCCGAGUUUUACUUGCAGUACAUUCGAUCCUACCAGAAUUCCGACUCCGGCGGCUGCCCGAGCUCUGGCUCGAGUCGCGAGAUGUCCCUCUCGUGUGGCCCGAGUUUGUUGCCUACCCUGCACGAGGACAGCGAAUUUGUCGGUUCCAUGCAUAAUUCGCACUCGGCCAGCGAGACGCCCGGGGAAUUUAGGGAAUUAAGAUUGACCAAAGAUAUCCUUAUGGCCACUCAGCAGAGCAGAGCGAUGGAUGUGCGGCCGAAACCGGAGAUGUACGCCGGCAUUUACUUGCAACAUGGGGCUAGUCCGUAUCACAUGCACGUAUCCAGAAUGCACGCACAAUAUUCCUCCUACAACCCAGUAUCAAGACAGGAUUCAGAGCUUCAGAGUUUGAGCAGUGAUGCACGUACCGAGGUGGACAAUAUGUCCCUCACCGAUGGUUCCGUCGAUGGAGGGAGCAGUAGACAAAGGAGCAAAAAGCAAUACGCGAAGCAAUCUAGAACAAUUAAAGAAUCCGCCACUAUGAAUCGCGACCCCAUGGCGCAUCAUAUCGUCCCGCGAACUCAACGCGUACCGUCUCACCUUUCAAAGCCGAUGACGGAGAAGCAGUUCGCGGAGGAACUGUGCGAGAAAUUGGAGAUCGUGGCGCGAGAGAGGAAGACCCAGGAAAAAUUGGACAAACACCUGCAGGAGGACGACUUGCUUAGCGGUAACGACAUUUCGUUAGAAAUGACCAGUAACGCCCACAAGACUCCAGGUGAUGCGCUGAGAGAGAAAUUGGCCAUGGAGGAGGACAGCGAUCAGGCGAUCCUCGACCAGCACGUGUCGCGCGUUUGGUCGGACCUGACACCUUCGAGAUCUCCCAGACUCUCGUCCCCUAGGUUACACUCGCCCGAGAGGCGACGAGGCCUCGCGCACAAUUACCCGCGGCCUUACAAGCAGAGGAAAGAGAAGGAUGUGUUCUCCACGUUCUCAGUCGAUAGCGGUAAUAUCCACGACUUCCAAGAAGGCAGCGAUCUCGUCGGAGCUGGCUCCAUGAGUUCACUAGGCUCGCACCUGCCCAAAUCUAAAUCCGUGCCAUCCGAUUACGCCGAUUCCCUCCACAAGCAGGAUCUGUAUCUUCAAGGUCACGAGCAGAGGUUCCGAAGGUCGGACAUGACGAGAAGAUCAGCGACGAAAAAAUCGAUGACGGAGCUCACGGACAGCGGGGUGAGCGUCGUCAGCGAUGUGCCGCCUUCCAUAAGCAAGGAUAUUCGUCUGUUGCCUCGUUUUAAAGAAGCAGACAAGAAAGUGGACUUGAAACACAGUAGUCGUCACGGCAAGAGAUACGGCUCACGUAGCGGCUCGUUGGAAAGGCCAAACAGAGAAACGUGGAGCGUUGGAGUGCCUGCUCAACCGUUCGUUGCUGAUCCGGGAAUGCCACCGUUAACGCCACCCCACACGGCUAUUCAAUUAGAAGAAACGUGUAGGAGGCUAAUGGAGGAAAGGGCGCGCGCCACUUGCAAGCAACGACACGUAAACAUGUUUAAACAGACAUACGAGCCCGUGUCGCAAGGUCAGUCGUACGUCCAGUCCAAUCAGUCAACUUUGAAGAAAACGAAGCAAGACGAUUUUACCACUGUUGUGUUCAGUUUCUGUGACGAGCAGUUUCCUUACAGGACCAAAAUUCCCGGUCACAACGUCACGUUGAAGCAGUUCAAGGAGUAUCUUCCCAAAAAAGGGAGCUAUCGGUACUUUUUUAAAACGGAGUGCGAAGACUUGGACACGAGAGUCAUACAAGAAGAGAUAACGGACGAUGCCGAGGUACUCCCAUUGUGGGAGGGCAAAGUGAUGGCGCAGGUUAAGGCGCUCGAAUAAUAGACUGAAUACAAAGAGAGAAAACCGAGCGAGAGGGGAUGCGCGAAUUUUGACCAAGUGCCGCAAUAAAUACUAUUUAAGAGAUCCGGCGUGCGACAAGGAGAGAGUGCGCUCGGUAUUUAUAUGUAUACACAUUAACGCUUGUCACGCGGCCUCUUUUUCUCGUAAUUGCCUAAGAAAGUAGUUUUAACCGAUCGCGAAAACACGGAAUAAAAAGAUAUCGAGUCGAGCAAUAUCGCCGCGCGUUUUUGGAGACGCAACGCGGAAAAGCAAGAAAGAAAUAACGAACGGCCUCUCGUCACACUCCGUUGGUGUAAAUGCCCUCGGAGAGGACUCUCCUCGCUUCUCAUCUUCAGUUUUGUCAUUUCGAGCUCACUUUUUUGCACUCAUCAAAACGAAGGAGUGUUCUUUUCAUUCUUUUUAGGUUGCUUUACGAACCUUGCGGACCGCGACAGCGUUUUAUUGUAUAUACAACUAGCAUGUAGCGGUCUUGACGACAGACAGGCAACGUUACACAUACAUACACGUACAUCAUUUUGCCGCAGUGCAGUCCUUACGACACGGAACUGUUGUAGUUUCGCGGUACGGAUAUCACACUUUCAUGGGGGGA